AUGAUUCUUAUAGCAGCUUCAAUGCACAUAAGAGAGCAUCGUUCUUUUUCUCUUAGGACUCCUUCAAUACAUGUAAGAGAUGAAGAUCCAAAAGAUGUUGUAAAGAGUAGUAUUUGUGGUAUAAUGAUGGGAGUACUAUUUAUGAUAAUAUUUGCAAUAAUUGGAAUGGUAGGAAUAUUUACAAAUAUUGAUGAAGAAGUAGAAUAUAUUUGGAUGUUAGUAGUUUUGACUUUCACUUAUGUUCUCUUUAUUCCUUACUUUAUUUUAAUAUUAUAGGAUCUCAGAAGAAUUUCAACUGAGUUAGAAAAGCAUUAAGAUGAAUCAAUAGUAAUGAAUCCAAAUGCAUUUGCAUCUAGUAUGAAUACAAUUAAUGCAAUUACAAAUACAGAAAAAUAUAACCUUUUUAGAUUAUUAAAUGUUUAAUUUUUCAUCAUUUCUUUGAUUAUUAGUGCUUUCUUAAUAAAUUCAAAAAUUGUGAUUGGAUCAUUAUUAGCUAUUGUUAAUUAUAUAGUAGCAGCAACAAUUAUAAUAUAUGUUUGCAGAAAGUGUUGGUUAGGAUGUUGUAAUAUAAAACUAGUAACAAAAAAUCCAAAACGAUAUCACUUUUACCGUUAUCCAUGUAUUAAUAUAUAUAUAUAUAUUAUUUAAGCACCUAAUUAAGUAAAGGAAUCAGCAUUUGCAUUUGCUAUUGUAUUAAUUACAUAUUAUGUUUGUAAAUUAAUACUCUAUGUUAUAUUUCUUUGUUUAGAUGAAGAAAGAUUUUAAUAUACUUAUUUAACUAGUUUAUUCUAUGCAUUUAUAAUGAUUGUUUAAUUCACCUAUGUUUCAUAUUUAAUAAAAAGAACACUUAUUACUUAAUAAUCAAAGAAAUAUUUUAAAUGUUAUAUGACUUUAUUUUAGUCACUUUACCUAAGUUAUACAACAUAAAAUUGUAUACUUAAGGGACUUUACUUCUUUUCCCUAUUGUGUACAUAUAUAGCAUUCUUUCUUGAGAAACCCUAUUUAACAAUAAUAAACACUGAUUUAUUUGGAAUAUAAUAAUUUUGUUCUUAUGAACAUUUUAUAUAUCUAUUUACAUUUCUAUAACUUAUCUAUUUCCUCUUAUUUCGAAGUUAUUGUGUUAAUAAAGAGGAAGAAUAAAUAUAGAUUUUUGAUUUCAAUUAAGUUUAAACAUAAGAUAAUCGUUUAUAAUGGAUACAAAAUUAAUAAGAUUAUCCAAUUUAUGAUAAUUAAGAAACAGAUUUUUUAUAUUUUAUACAUGAUUUAGAAGCAUUAUAAGAAAUCUAUGACAAUUUAAUUUAUUAAUCUUCUUAAUUAGAAUUAAAGAUUAGACCAAGAAAUGGUCAAUUAAUUAAUUUAACUUAAUGGAUUGAAGAUAAGAAAUUUUAAUUAUAACUUUAAGGUAGAAAUUUUGAUGAUGAAUAUUUUGUAAAUCUUAAAUCAUUCAUCAAAUAAAGUAUUGGAUCUAAAAGAGAAAACAAAGAAAAAUAAAAAUAAUCUAUGGAAAAAAUAGAAUGUGCAAUAUGUUUAUAAUAUUUGGAUAUGAAAUAAAAUAUAACAAGAUUAGGAUGUCAUUAAACUCAUAAAUUUCAUACAGAAUGUAUUGAAAGAUGGAUCAAUGCUGUUCAUAAAUGUCCAUUAUGCAAUAAACCUGCUUGA